AUGAAAAUAUUUGCACAUGCUCUUGUUGGAUUCAGAAAGGUAAUACUGGAAACUAUCAUUGCUGAAACAUCAGUGACAAUACCUGGAAUUAAGUAUGUGAUUGAUCCUGGAUUGGUGAAAGUGAGGAGUUACUCUCCUGAUAGUGGCAUUGAGUCUCUAAUUGUUGUUAAAACUUCAAAAGCUCAAGCUCUUCAAAGGAUGGGCGUGCAGGGGGUGAAGGAGCUGGGAAAUGCUUCCGUCUAAUGUUAUUUUGCAGCUUAGUGCUCUUGGUGUUGAUGAUAUACUUGGAUUUGACUUCAUGGAGAAACCCGAUAGGAACUUUUUUUGCUGGUGGUAAUAAUAUACCUAGGACAAUACAUGAGUUGAUAGCACUUUCAGCCAGCCGACUUGCAUGAUGGGAUGACAGGUUCGGAAGUUUGUUCUGAAAAUACAUCAGCAGCAACGAUUGGCAUAAUCAAGUCGUUAAUCGGGCUUAGGGUGAUGCUUGGUACUUGAAUGAAGUUAUUUUGAACCCACUUCUCUUGAUAGACUUGGACUUCCUUAUUUGAUUCAGAUAUGCACAUCUACUUCCCAAUGAUGAUGAAGCAUUUGAGCAUUAUAAUGUUUUUUCAGCAAAGCGACUUGAUUUGGGCUAUUGCUUACAAAUUUUUGGACUGCAGCAU